UAUUAAUUCAAUAGCUCGUGAUGCACUAUGAAGCAAGCAGAGAUGAUGUCUUAAUCAUGUGAGGUUUUGCAAUUUAGGUCUGCUAUAAUUCUGUUUCUCCCCCCCCCCCCCCCGAAAAACGAUUUGUUCAAACUUGAUAUGAGAGGUUUGUGCCCUCCUGUUCCUGCCAGUUUAAUGCCGCCUUGUCUCCUAGCCUUGUUCAGUCCUGAAAGGGGGAGGCAGGCUUUUAUUAUGAAACGUUGUGCUAAGCCAACAGAUACUCCAUCAGUGCCCUGCGUCUCUAUUUGCGGCUUGCUAUUUUCUCCCAGCUCAGCAUUGUGAAAAUGCUUUUCCUCCUCGCUUCUUUCACCGGCUUCCUGCUUCAGAAGGCAAUCCUUGCUCUUGCGUCUUUGCUGCAAUAUAUCCCAGGGAUAAAAAGUCUGGUGUCCAAACAGAAAGCACCAGUUACUUAUAGCCACAAGAAGGGCUUAGAAUGCAUCUCGCCAUUAUUCUGCACCGUACAAGAAACACCUCAAGCGAUCCCAGUAGAACUCCAAGGGCAGAUUCCCAAAUGGUUGAAAGGAAAGCUAUUGAGGAACGGGCCAGGAAAGUUUGAGUUCGGACCAGAUAAGUACAACCACUGGUUUGAUGGCAUGGCACUCAUGCAUAAGUUUGAAAUUGAGGAUGGGGUGGUGAAAUACAGCAGCAAGUUUCUCCGGAGUGAUUGUUACCUGACCAAUAGCAAGAACAACCGAAUCAUGAUCUCUGAAUUUGGCACCGUGGCCAUACCAGAUCCUUGCAAGAACAUUUUUGAGCGCUUCAUGUCAAAGUUUGACUUGCCAAAAGAGACAGACAACUGCCUUGUGAAUUUUGCGGUCAUCAAAGGUGACUAUUUUGUCAGCACAGAGACCAGUCAAAUGCACAAAGUGGAUCUAGACACACUUGAAUCAAAGGAGAAGGUGAACUGGAAAAAAUACGUUGCGGUGAAUGGAGCCACAGCUCACCCCCACUAUGAUCCAGAUGGAACAGUCUACAACAUGGGCAACUCUUACGGGACACAUGGCUCCAACUAUAACAUCAUCCGUGUUCCUCCCCAGACGUCUCAGCCGAGUGACUCCAGCCUGCAGGGCGCAGAGGUGCUGUGCACCAUUCAGCCAGAGAACAGAAUGAAGCCAGCCUAUUAUCACAGUUUUGGAAUGAGUGAAAACUACGUGAUUUUUAUUGAGCAGCCCGUCCAAAUAAAGUUAUGGGAAGUCAUUACAGCCAGUUUUUCUGGGAAAAGCUUUCUGGAUGCACUGAGUUGGGAGCCUCAGCUAAACACUCGCUUUUAUGUCGUGAACAAGCACACGGGGCAGACCUUACCUGUGCAGUACCAUAGCAAGGCCUUCUGCUACUUCCAUCAAAUCAACGCCUUUGAGGACCAGGGGUGCAUUGUCCUGGAUCUCUGCUGUUUCGAUGAUGGGAAAGUUUUUGACAUCUUCCGACUGCAGAACCUCCACAAGGCUGGAGAAGCCCUUGACCAGACCUAUAACAUGCUCCCAAAGCCAUUUCCAUGGCGCUUUGUUCUCCCCAUCACGGUGAGCUCCAAGGCGUCUGUGGGGCAGAACCUUAACCCUUUGUCCUACACAUUGGCAGAAGCUGUGAAGGAGGCGGAUGGGAAGAUCUGGUGCACACCUGAAAGUCUGCACAACGAGGACCUCAAAGAAGCCGGAGGGGUGGAAUUCCCUCAGAUCAAUUAUGCAUAUUACUCUGGGAAAAAAUAUCGUUAUUUCUAUGGCUGCGGCUUCGGUCAUGUCGUUGGAGACUGCUUGAUCAAGGUUGAUACAGAAACCAAGGAGAUGAAGAUUUGGCGCGAGAAAGGGAUGUAUCCUUCUGAGCCCAUAUUUGUGCCAGAACCCGAUUCUUCAGGGACAGAAGACAAGGGAGUGAUCCUCUCGGUGGUGCUCACCCCCAAGCAGAAUGAAGGCAGCUUCCUUCUUGUUCUGGAUGCACAGAAUUUCACCGAACUGGGCCGCACUAAAAUCCCUGUCCAGAUCCCCUACGGCUUCCAUGGUGGCUUUGUACCCAACAAAAAUGCCCCCUGCUGAGACAGCAGAGAUUCGGGGACCUGCCCCGUGAUGUCCAAAACGCUGUGGACAGAUUACUUCUUCUAGAUGUGCCUUAAUUUCCUAGGCUACCCAAUUGGGCUCUACUUUGAUGGACAGAGAAAUAGCCAUUUUUCUCAUCUAAGUCAAGUUUUCAAAUGCAAAGCAAGACUUCAUGAUGUGAUGCAUAUUGAUCAGUAGGAAGUGAUAAUAAAUUAAUCAGAAUAGAGCUGGAAGGGACCUUGGAGGUCAUCUAUCCAGUCCAACCCCUGCUCAAGAAGGAGACCCUAUAUAAUUUCAUACAAGUGGCUGUCCAGUCUCUUUGUAAAAACCUCCAGUGAUGAAGCACCCACAAUUUCUGGAGGCAAGUUGUUCCACCGGAUAAUUGUUUUCCGUCAGGAAGUUUCUCCUUAAUUCUAGGUUGCUUCUCUCCUUGAGUAGUUUCCAUCCGUUGUUUCUUGUCCUGCCUUAUUACUUAUUGUGCUUAUUACUCACAUACUGCCCAUAUACACAAGCUUUUUUAUUUUAUUUUUUAAAAAGAGGCUUUGCUAAACAUAGAACAGAAUAAAUUCUUAAUUUUUCUAUUAAUUGGUUUAAUUUACGAUGGGAUGUAGUCUGGAUUCCCAGGAGGGAGAGACUGCAUCCCAGAUGGCAAAGAGGUAGCGGGGCUUGGAAAGUUUGGUGGAGGGUUAAAACGGCUCCUUCCUAGCGAUUUCCAGAAUUUAUCUGCAGUUAUGCAGAUCGCUACUUUAGUCUGGCAAGAGUCUGUCUAUAAGGGAACAAGAAUAAAGGAACUCACUCUUGAGUAACUCCACGU